CCAAAGCGGGUUUGCCAAAAUGUCGCACGGGGCCUCCAAGACACAGCAAGAAAUCCAAGCUGAGCUCAAAAAAUACAUCAGGCGCCGCCACCACGUUACCGACCGCAGGAUGAUCAUAUUCAUCGCCAUUGCAACCAGUGUCGCCAUUGCCGUCUCCGCCGCCAUCAAUGCCAUCAGUAAGGACUACACAAUCAAGCCGGUCACCAAUCGCCUGCUCGAUGUAUUGGGAGCUCAUCCCCGUGACAAUCCUGAUUGGUGUGUACCUCCUCAUCGUCUUCCCUAUUCUGCUAUGGCAGGUUUGGGGGCUCAAGGAUGCCUACGGUAUUCGCAGAGAUCUGCUUAUCUGCGAUACAGUCGGCAUUGUGUGCUUGGCAGUCGCCUUCAUCUGGGAGUUUGGACUCCACCAGGUUUCGUCGAUCUGGUCUUGCCUGUUCUUUGUCUGGGUGGCCAUGCUACUCAUCCACAUCUCGUCAGUCGUCGUGCCGCUGAUCAAGGCCAUCGGCCACUCGAAGCGUACCAAGCAUCAGAUCAGAAACCGCCACUCAACUGCAAGCAGCUCCGACAGCGAUUCUGUGCACGCUAACGAUCGCGGCGCUACCAAGAUACGUCGCUCAGACUUCAAUCGGGUGCUUGAUGACCCGUACGAAUAUGAGACGUUCCGCGAGUUCGCCGCCUCGUGCUUCUGUUCAGAGCUAACCGCCUUCAUUGACGAGUACCAGUCGCUAAAGACCAAGACCGUCACCGCCCUGGGCAAUGCUGACAGCCCGAUACUAGAGACCAGCAGCAGCUGGCGUUCGUCACUUUCGCUUGACAGUCCCAACGGCGAUUUUUACGGCGAUGUGUCGGUCCAUCCGCAGCAAUUCGCAUACAACAAAACGGCAUCAAAGGCCAAGCCGCUGACCCUCAGCACCGGUAUAUCGGUCAGCAUCCUCGAAACAGCUAAGGCUGCGUACCCACAGCACGAGUUCGCCGAGAACACGCAGUUCCCCACUACGGUUCUCGAUCGGCUGGUGCGCAUAUUCUCUAUUUACCUCAACCUCAACUCGUACAUGGCGCUCAAUGUUCCCUCAGUCAUGGUACGCAAGAUCCAGGACCAGCUCGACCGCAAGCAGAUGUCGCUGCCCAUCCUCGACGAGGUGAAGGACGAGGUGCUGUUUAUGCUGUACACUGACGUGUUUACACGCUAUCAGCGAACCCGCUAGAUGAUAUUAGCCAGGCCUUGUGUUAUAUAGUCUCCUUUUCCCCCAGUCUGUAGCAUAGCUCGCUGGAUAAAUUGCGCGUUUUGAUGACUUAGUCCCUAAACACUGACAGCGCCCUUUAUUAGGAAACUCGGCUGAGAAGAUGCAAUAUGUGCGCAGUGUCGACAUCCCAGUGCUCCGC